CAAGAAGAAGCAUUUUGUGAGCAAGUUUGACGUCUGCGUAGAUUCUGCCAAAAAAUGUGUUGUGGAGAACUCAAAUGUCUGUGCUCAACAAGGAUCCUUUGCUAACUUCACAAGCUGACCAAAACAAUUCAACUGAAAAUGAUUUUUACGGUAGGGCGCAAAAGUAUUGGUCCGAAGUUCCUGCUACGGUGAACGGCAUGCUUGGUGGUUUAGGAUAUCUAAAUAGAAUUGAUAUCCAGGGUUCCAGUAGUUUUUUAAGAGACUUAAAAGACGUGGGUAAAAACAACGCUCUCGAUUGUGGUGCGGGUAUUGGGCGUAUAACAAAAAAUUUACUAAUGUCCCGUUUUAAUACAACCGAUAUUGUUGAGCAAGAUGCUAGUUUUACAGAAAAAGCACGCGAAUAUUGUACAGAGGGUAAUGAGCAUAACGGUCGCUUAGGGGAAAUAUACAAUAUGGGUCUUCAAGAAUUUACACCAGCUGCGAAUAAAUAUGAUGUGAUAUGGUGUCAGUGGGUUCUGGGGCAUCUUACUGAAAGUGACCUUUUCAACUUUUUCCGUCGCAUGCGUGUUGGUCUAACAAACAAAGGUUAUUUAAUAAUUAAGGAGAAUGUUACAUCGUCCAACAUAGUUGAAGAGGAUAAGCAAGACUCUUCAGUAACACGUCCGUUGAAAAUAUACGAAACUGCAAUAAAAAGCGCUGGUUUUCGAAUUGUAAAAACUUGGCGACAGCAGAGCUUUCCCAAAGGAUUAUACCCGGUUUACAUGUUGGCCUGUCGACCCACAGAAUAAAUAAUGUCUAAUUUAAAAAUUGUGGAUAUAUAUCAAUAAUUAAGUUGAACUUAA